ACAGCGGCGCGGUCAUUCAAUAUGGCCGCGCACAGAGUCGUCGUGCCGCGCUGUCGACAGUUUAUCACGUGGCUUUAUUUUAAUUAAUUUAUACACUUUGCGUACAUAUUCCGCAAAAAUAUUCGACGUCUAAUUUGCGCAAAGUUAUUCAAGAUAAAGGCAAGUCGCCAGGAGCAAGUCGAAUCGAGAAGAUACUAAGUAUAUUUGUCGAAUAACGUUUGUUAGGUUAGAUGAGAGAUUUGUAUACAGAGUAUAAACCGGGAUGAAUUGUUUCUACAAAAACAUUUCGAGAAGCGUGCAUACCAGUAGCACACUCUUGAAAGAAACGCCGCGGAAUUUGAAGGGUAAGAAACACAGUUCGCAGCUGUGGUUGUCGAGGCAAAUACGUGAUCCUUACGUGGAGAAGGCGAAGCAGGAGAGCUAUAGAUGCAGAAGUGCGUUCAAGCUUCUGCAGCUCAACGAGAAGUUCAAAAUUCUCAGCCCGGGUAUGACUGUCAUCGACUGCGGAGCAGCGCCUGGUAGCUGGACACAGGUCGCCACCAAUUUGACGAAUGCACACGGCAAAAAUGACGGUCCCAUCGGCAAGGUAUACGCUAUUGAUAAACUACCGUUUUAUCCCGUGGAAGGUGCGACCGUUUUGGGAAAUAUGGAUUUCACGAAGGCCAGGACACAAGAAACUUUGCACGAAUUAUUGCAAGGUAAUAAGCCCGAUGUUAUCUUAUCCGACAUGGCUCCAAACGCAUCCGGUAUAAGGGAUAUAGAUCACGAUAAUAUAAUAUUAUUAGCUUACACGGCCUUGAAAUUUGCCCUGCAAAACAGUAAAGUGCAGGGUAUGCUUGUUGUAAAAGUUUGGGACGGCGGCAAGUCGCAGCAGUUCGAGGAAAAUUUAUUGAAAUUUUAUGAUAAUGUUAAGGUGUUCAGGCCUGACGCGACGAGAGAUGAAUCCACGGAAAAAUUUUUUCUGGCUAGAGGAUUUAAGGGUCUUAAGACCAGCUGAUCUUGAUUAGAAUUGAUAGAUGUAUAUUUUUUUAUUAUAGGAUACGAUGAUGUGUGUGUGGAGGUUGAAUAAAUAAAAAUUCACAGUAAUUUUGAUAUCAUA